GAUGACGGUGCGUGGCGGAGAUGUGGAUUUACGACACUUCCCGUGACUGGUGAGUGCUUUACGGCAGCGCCUGGUCACACGUGUUGUCAUCGCAUGUGGGUCCAUGUGAAGGAGUAAAGAGCUGCAGAGAGCAGAGACACUGUGAGAUUUGAAGAAAAAUGUCUUUCAGAGGAGGAGGCGGACGAGGAGGCAGAGGAGGUGGAGGAUUUAGCCGAGGAGGCAGAGGAGGAGGAGGUGGAUAUGGAGGAGGAAGAGGAGGUGGAUUUGGACGAGGACGUGGCAGAGGUGGCUUUGGACAACAAGACUACGGUCCUCCAGAAUAUGUCGUUGCCGUGGGAGAGUUCGUGCAUCCAUGUGAAGAUGACAUUGUGGUCAAGUGUACGACAGAGGAAAACAAAGUCCCCUACUUCAACGCCCCAGUGUACUUGGAAAACAAGGAGCAGAUCGGGAAGGUGGAUGAGAUAUUCGGCCAGCUCCGGGACUUUUAUUUUUCAGUGAAACUGUCUGAUAACAUGAAGGCGUCUUCGUUUAAGAAAAUGCAGAAGUUUUAUAUAGAUCCGAUGAAGCUCCUCCCGCUGCAGAGGUUCCUCCCCAGGCCGCCAGGAGAGAAGGGUCCGCCAAGAGGAGGCCGAGGAGGAAGAGGUGGAGGAAGAGGCGGUGGUCGUGGAGGUGGUUUCCGAGGUGGCCGCGGUGGAGGAUUUGGAGGUGGCCGUGGUGGAGGAGGGUUUGGAGGCGGCCGCGGUGGAGGAGGAUUUGGAGGUGGACGAGGAGGAGGCUUCAGAGGAAGAGGACGUUCAGAUGGAGGAGGACGUGGAUUCAGAGGCGGGAGAUGAUCUAACAGUGACGGUCUGGUGUGACGGUCUCUUCCCUGUCUCGUGCUACACAAGUGAAAAGGCUGCGUUCUCUGCCAGCGCCUGGCCUGUUGGACUCAGAAUAUGGACAUUGCCUUUCUCCUUUGAAGAACUUGAACGGAUUUCGCCUUUCUUGUUUUAUUUUUGUACCAGUUAUGAAUAUGUGAUUUUUAUUUAAAAGGUUCAUAUCUAUGCUUGUGUGUAACAACAUGAGAACCUUUCAGCCUGUUAGGGAGGGUCAUUGGGGACCUUUGAAAAACAGGUUUAUCAUUAUUCUGUGCUGAUUGCAUUGGCCAUGACUGAUGUUUGACUAAGAUUUCCAGAGAUACAUUCACAAACCUCCAUGUACUAAUUUCCUCCGAUAGGGGAAAAUGUGUGGGAACGCUUUAUAUGCUGUUAGUUGAAAACAUUUUAAUACCCAUAAUUUGUAAACUCUUAAGCAGAAUGUUGCCACAUUUUUGUUAAAGGCCUCGAUUAAAAGGUGCUUUGUAA